AUGGCUGACAUUACUAUCACUGGCGCGGGCGACCGCAAGAUCCAAGUCCCAACUGGUCUUUUCAUCAACAACAAGUUCAUCCCCUCAACAUCUUCCGAGACCCUCACAACCCUUAACCCCACAACCAACACCCCUCUAGGCGAAGUCUCAGCCGCUCAACCCGCCGACGUUGACGCCGCUGUAUCCGCAGCUCAGGAAGCUCUCAAGACAUGGAAGACCAGCCAUGGAGAGCGACGAAGGUUGGUAAACAAACUGGCUGACCUGAUUGAGCGUGAUGCGCAAGAUUUCGCUUCUCUAGAGGCUGUUGAUGGCGGUAUGCUGUUCAAUAUGUCUCUUGGUUUCUGUGUCGUGCAGGCUGUUGAGACUAUUCGCUAUUUUGCCGGCUGGGCGGAUAAAAUCGAUGGGCAGGCUAUGGAUUUUGAUCAGGGAUUGGCGUAUACUAAGCGCGAACCUAUCGGUGUUUGUGCUGCUGUUGUUCCAUGGAACACUCCCCUCAUGAUCACGGCAUGGAAGCUAGCCCCUGCUCUAGCAGUCGGAAACGUCCUCAUCCUCAAAACUCCCGAACUAACCCCCCUCUACGGCCAAAAGCUGGCCCAGCUUAUCCUUGAAGCCGGUUUCCCCGCCGGUGUCGUCUCCGUCCUUCCCGGCUUAGGUCAUGUCGCAGGUCAAGCCCUUGCUGACCACCCCCAAGUUCGCAAGCUCUCCUUUACAGGCAGCCUUGCUGUCGGUCGUCGAAUCCUCAUUAGCGCGGCAAAGUCCAAUCUCAAGCGCGUAACUCUUGAAUUGGGUGGUAAAGGACCCAGUAUUGUCUUUAAUGACUGCAACUUUGAGAAUGCGCUUGCUUUUGCAACGGCGGGAAUUACUUUGCAUAAUGGACAGAUCUGCGCCGCUGGUAGUAGAAUUUAUGUCCAGGAGGACAUCUACGAUAAGUUCAUUUCUGAGUUCACAGCGAGGACAAAGGAUGCCGUUGCCGGCGAUCCCCUUUUGCCUGAGACCGCCAAGGGCCCUAUCAUCAGCUCUACGCAAAAGGAACGAAUCAUGGAGUAUAUCGCCAAAGCUAAGAAGGAAGGAACAGAGGUUCUUCAUGGCGCAUCCGAGGAACAAGGAAACUUUGUCCCCAACACAGCUUUCAUCAACGUCUCACCCAACGACACAAUCAUGCGCGAAGAAGUCUUCGGUCCAGUUGCCAGCAUCGCCAAGUUCAAGACCGAAGACGAGGUUAUCGCCUUGGCAAAUGAUAAUGAGUAUGGUUUGGCGGCGGCUUUGUUUACAAAUGAUAUUAGCCGUGCUGUUAGGGUGUCGGAUCAGAUUGAGGCGGGUAUGGUAACUGUUAAUACUUGGGGAAGUAUCAGUGCGAAUGCGCCUUUUGGAGGGAUUAAGCAGAGUGGGUUUGGGAGGGAGAAUGGAAUUGAUGCGUUGGGUGAUUGGACGCAGGUUAAGUCUGUUAAGAUCAAUGUGUUCAAGCAGUAA